CUGAACUCCAAACAGUCAGACAAAUUCAGAGUGUCAGAGAGACGAGUUCCAGCUGAAUGUGACGCUGAAGUGCAGGUCUAUGAAAUGUGACACCAGGGAGGAGAGAGCUGACGUGUUUCUCAGGUGAAGCUGAAAGUGUUUCUCCACUGUUCAACACCACUUGGUGAUUUGAGAGGAACAAUAUUUUUUUUUUGGAAGCCAUGAUGACAUUAUGAUAUGAGAUAUAAUACACACAAAAGGACGACACAUUCAGUUAAAGAGCCUUUUUGUAGGAUCUUGUUUGUGGAGUCUGACAGGUUUCGUUAGACCAGAAAAGCAGGAUGAGCCUCUCUGAGGAGUGUGAGGAAGACAGUUCCACCUCCAACAAACACUCCGAUCUAGUCCAACAGGAGAGAUUAGAUUCUCCAGCUCCCAGCUGUGUGUCCAUGAAGAGUCACUGGUCUAUUGAUCAUCCACCACUGUUAAAAGAUGGAGAUCCCUCAUCUGGACACAGUCUAGUCCAGCAGGAGAGAUCAGAUUCUUCAGCUCCCAGCUGUGUGUCCCUUAAGAGUGAUGAGUCUAAAGAUUGUCCACUGUGGUUUAAAAAUGGAAACCCCUCAACUGGACACAGUGAAGUCCUGGGAAAGAGAACAGACUCUCCAGAAUCCAGCUGUCCACGCUUGAAGAGUGACAGGUUUAUGGAACCUCCACAAAUGUUCAAAGAUGAAGACCCCUCAUCUGAAUACAGACCUGACUCUGAAUGUACUGUAACUAAACUUCAGGAAGACUUCAAGUUAAAUCUGAAACAGAAGUUUCAGUGUUUGAAUGAGGUGACAACAAACCAGGAAACCCCAACACCUCUCAGCGAGAUCUACACAGAGCUCUACAUCACAGAGGGAGACAGUGGAGAGGUCAAUAAUGAACAUGAGGUCAGACUGAUUGAGGCAGCAUCCAGGAGAACAGCAACAGAGGACACACCAAUCAAAUGCAAUGACAUCUUUAAACCCUUAUCUGAACAAGACAAACCCAUCAGAACUGUGCUGACAAAAGGAGUCGCUGGCAUUGGAAAAACAGUCUCUGUGCAGAAGUUCAUUGUGGACUGGACUGAAGGGAAAGCAAAUCAGGAUGUCCACUUCAUAUUUCCACUUCCUUUCAGAGAACUGAAUUUGAUGAAGGACCAAAAACUGAGUUUGGUGGAUCUUCUUCAUACACGGUUUAAGAAGAUUAAAGAAAUGGAAAUAUCCAGAUCUCACAAAGUUCUGUUCAUAUUUGAUGGUUUGGAUGAGUGUCGUUUCACUCUAGAUUUUCAGAGCACUGUGAGGUUGGAUGAUGUCACUCAGUCAUCCUCAGUGAACAUGCUGCUAACCAAUCUGAUCAAGGGGAAUCUGCUUCCCUCUGCUCUCAUCUGGAUCACCUCCCGACCUGCAGCAGCUGAUCAGAUCCCCUCUGAGUGUGUGGAUCGACUGACAGAAGUACGAGGGUUCAGUGACCCACAGAAGGAGGAGUACUUCAGGAAGAGAAUCAGUGAUCAGAGUCUGACCAAUAGAAUCAUCACACACCUGAAGACAUCAAGAAGCCUUUACAUCAUGUGCCACAUUCCUGUGUUCUGCUGGGUUUCAGCCACUGUUCUAGAGAGAAUGUUGGGUGAAGCAGAGAGUGGAGAGACCCCCAAAACUCUGACUCAAAUGUACACACACUUCAUCAUUCAGACAAAGAUCAUAAGAGAAAAGUACCAGAAGUCAGAUAAGAAAAUACUUCUCAAACUGGGACAACUGGCUUUUCAGCAGCUGAUGAAAGGAAACCUGAUCUUCUAUGAGGAAGAUCUGAGAGAGUGUGGCAUCGACAUUGAAGAAGCAUCAGUGUACUCAGGUGUGUGUACACAGAUCUUCAGAGAGGAAUCUGGGCUGUACCAGAAUAAAGUGUACUGCUUUGUUCAUCUGAGCAUUCAGGAACAUCUUGCAGCUCUAUAUGUGCACCUGACCUUCAUGAAGCAGAAGAGAAAUGUGCUUAAACAGAGUCAGUCCUCUAAACUGAAGAUCCUCAGGAAAAUCUCUGAUGUACACAAGAGUGCUGUGGAUCAGGCCUUACAGAGUAAGAAUGGACAUCUGGAUCUUUUCCUUCGCUUUCUUCUGGGUCUCUCACUGGAGUCCAAUCAGACUCUCUUACAAGAGUUAGUGACACACACAAGAAGUAGCUCCCACAGCAAAGAGAAAACAGUUAAAUACAUUAAUAAGAAGAUCAGUGAGAAUCUCUCUGCAGAGAAAUCCAUCAAUCUGUUCCACUCUCUGAAUGAACUGGAUGACCGUUCUCUAGUUAAGCAAGUUCAACAGUACCUGCAGUCUGGCAGUCUUAACGGAAGAACACUCUCUUCUUCACAGUGGUCAGCUGUGGUCUUUGUACUGCUGACAUCAGGAGGGAACCUGGAUGAAUUUGUCCUGCAGAAAUAUAACAGAUCAAAUGAUGUUUUUCUGAAGCUGCUGCCUGUAUUUGCAGAAUCCAGAACAGCUGAUCUAUCAAAUUGUAAUCUGACAUGGUCAAGCUGUGCAGCUCUGGCCUCAGUGCUCAGCUCAGAGUCCUCCAGUCUGAAACAGCUGAAUCUGGAUGGGAAUAAACUAGGAGAUUCAGGAGUGAAGCUGCUCUCUGCUGGACUGGAGAGUCCUCUCUGUAAACUGGAAACAUUGUGGAUGUAUUAUUGUAAUUUCACAUAUGAAGGCUGUGCUGCUCUGACUUCAGCUCUGAAAUCAAACCCCUCACACCUGAAAGAGCUGAAUCUGUCCUAUAAUAAACUGGGAGAUUCAGGAGUGAAGCUGCUCUCUGCUGUACUGGGGAAUCCUCUCUGUAAACUGGAGUCACUGAGGUUGUGUAAUUGUAAUAUCACAGAUGAAGGCUGUGCUGCUCUGACUUCCGCUCUGAAAUCAAACCCCUUAUAUCUGAAAGCACUGUAUCUGUCUGAGAAUAAUCUAGGAGAUUCAGGAGUGAAGCUGCUCUCUGCUGUACUGGAGAAUCCUCUCUGUAAACUGGAGACUCUGUGGUUGGUGUAUUGUAAUAUCACAGACAAAAGCUUUGUUGCUCUGACUUCAGCUCUGAAAUCCCAGGCCUCUUACCUGAGAGAGCUAAAUAUGUGUCUGAAUAAUCUAGGAGAUUCAGGAGGAAAGCUGCUCUCUGCUGUACUGAAGAAUCCUCUCUGUAAACUGGAGAUGCUGUGGUUGGGAUUUUGUAAUAUAACAGAUGAAGGCUGUGCUGCUCUGAUUUCAGCUCUGAAAUCACACCCCUCACACCUGACAGCACUGAAUCUGACUAAUAGUGAACUAGGAGAUUCAGGAGUGAAGCUGCUCUCUGCUGUAAUGGAGAAUCCACUCUGUAAACUGGAGUCCCUGAAGCUACAGCAGUGUAAUAUCACAGAUGAAGGCUGUGCUGCUCUGACUUCAGCUCUGAAAUCAAACCCCUCACACCUGAGAGAGCUGCAUCUGUCUUUUAAUAAGCUAGGAGAUUCAGGAGUGAAGCUGCUCUCUGCUGUACUGGAGAAUCCUCUCUGUAUACUGGAGAUUUUGUGGUUGAUGUUUUGUAAUAUCACAGAUGAAGGCUGUGCUGCUCUGGCAUCAGCUCUGAAAUCAAACCCCUCACACCUGAGAGAUCUGAACCUGUGUUUUAAUGACCAGAUAAAGAAAGGACUUGAGCUGCUGUUAACUCUGCAGCGUGAUAAACAUUACAGACUACAAGAUCUAAGAUGUGGUGUUUAUAAUGUGUAUUAUUGAUCACCAAAGAGACGACAUCAUGAAGAGAUGAAGUGAUUUCUGAAUGUGUGUGAGGAGCUCCAGCAGCAGAGGGAGACACAGUGUGUGUAAAUACAGUAUGAGUGUGUGGACUAGACGGACUCAGGUAACAGAUGGACCAUGUGAUACUUUGUCCAGUGAAGAAAACAGACUGUAAACUAGUCACAGGUCAUGAUGUUUUGUAUGUAGAAACCAGAAGAAAUGUUUUUUUAAUCUGUGUUUGCACCAGUCGAGAUCAAAGCUUCCUUUAUUUAUGUUUUUGUUUUUCUUCUAUUUCCAUGAAAGCACAGUUAUAUGAAGUGAAGCUCAUUUUAAAUCAGAAGCAGUGACCGCGCUGCAUGCAGUGUGGCUCCUGUGUUAAUCAGAGUGACCCUUUAAACUGAUCAUCUGAGUCUGUUUUGGCUGUUUGUCUCUAGAAGUGUGAACAAAAUACACUCCCACAACAUUUAACUCAUGGGCAAGUGCUGUUUUAGUGCUGCUUGAUAUUUUAUAUUCAGUGAUGAUCAUCAUACAGUAAGUUCACCAGAUUAUUUCUUUUUAAAAGUUUGAAGUUUUUGACAAGUUUUGAAUGUUUGUUUUAUUUUCCUUUGAAUUUAUUUUUAUUCGAUUGUGCUGAGAGUCUAAUUUAAUCUGGUUGCUUGUAUUGGAACAGUGUUUGAUGUGGUUUUUAGAUGUAAAGUCAGGUUUGCAUUUCUUAAUCUUCCGUUUCUGAUGGGAAAGAUGAAGACAGAUGUGUGGAGAACUGGAGAUGGACUGACUGUUAUCAGUUCUGAGCUCAUACAGGGAGAACAUGAGCAUCAGUGUCUCUUGUACUCUGAAGAUCUCUGCUGUUCCUCUCUGAGCUCUAAUAAAGCUCAUCUGAUUAUUAGUCUA